AUGUCCUGGGCCGACGUCGUCAAGGCACCAGUGGUCGCCCGCUACAAGCCACCGACGCCAACAACGAGGGUGCGCCCGAGCCGAAGGAGAGCGGCGGCCCGGGCCGUCGAGCUCCAGGAGGACGGCGGCCCCGCGCGCGUCGUCUCCGAGACGUCCACCGAUGCGCUCGCGCCGCGCCGUCGCGUGCGGCGCGCGCGUUUGAUCGACGUCUUCCUGCCCGAGGGCUACCCGCGGUCCGUCGCGCCGGGCUACGGCGCCUACCAGCUCUGGGACGCGUUGCAAGGCCUGACGUCCUACGUCCGCGCGAACCUGGCCUACAAGGCGACGCUCGAGGGCCUGGGCGUGGGCGACGUCGAGGCGUCGGCCAUGGCCGGCGCGCUCGCGAACGUGGCCAGGGACGCCUCCUCGUCGCUCGCCGGGCUCCUGCUCGCUUACGGUUGCAGCAGGGACUUCGGGCGGCGGGUACGGCAGUGGCGGCUCGCGGCCGACGUCGCGAACGAUUGCGGACUUGCGCUGCAGAUGGCCGCGCCGCUCUGCCGGGACCGCUUCGUGGUACUGGCGUGCCUCGCGGCGGCGUGCCACUGCGCCUGCGGCGUCAUGGCCGGCGCGACGAAGGCCUCGAUCUCCCGGCAUUUUGCGGUGCAGGGCAACUUCGAGGAAUUGGUGUCCAAGGAGGGGUCCCAGGAGCAAUUCGUCAACGUGCUCGGACUCUUGCUGGGCUACUAUGUCUUGAAAGUGCUCAACGAAUCAACGAAGACGGUCUUGAUCGCGUUCGUCCUCCUCACGCUCCUCCACGUCCUCGCGAACAUCAUGGCCGUGCGGCAGCUGCGCCUCCGGACGGUCAACGAGCCUCGCUUCCGCGUCUUGAUGGACCGCUUCCUUCGUAAUCUGCCGCUCGACGUCGCGGCCGUCGGCGACGCCGAGCCGCUGCUCGUCGCCGGGCGGCGGCGGCUGGGCUGCUCUUUGAACGACGUCGCCCACGUGCCCGCGGCGGCGGCCGUCGCCGCGCUCGUCGCGGCCGAGGGGCGGCCCUUCGUGAUUCUGGGGGGCGAGGCGCUCCUCGCGCCCGGCGCGACGGCCCUCGACGCGCUCGAGGCGCGCUUCGCCCUCGCGGGCGGGCCGGCGGCGCGGUGGCCCGCCUUCCGCGCGGCGCUCGCGGCGGCGGGCUGGGACACGGCGACGCCGCUGCUGGACGACGCGGGGUGCCGCGUCCGGUGGCAUAAGGUUUAG